UUUCCUCCCGGGGCACGAUCUGCAACUGUAGACUCUGUACUCUACCUCUCUCUCUGUCUCUCUCUCAUGGCUACUGUAAACAAAUCAAAGCCUAGCGACGGCAACAGCAAGAAGAGGAAGCAACGAUAUCUUCCACACAACAAACCAGUGAAGAAGAAGGGUUUGUACCCAUUACACCCAGGAAUUCAGGGCUUCUUCAUAACUUGUGAUGGUGGAAGGGAACACCAAGCCUCUCAGGAAGCCAUUAACGUUAUUGAUUCUUUUUAUGAAGAGCUAGUACAAGGGAAGGAUUCAUGUUUGACACUCACAGAAUUAGCCAGUAAACCCUUGAACAAAAAAACUACAUUCACAUAUAGUAGUGAUGAUGAUGAUGAUGAGGAUGACGACGAUGAUUAUGAAGAUGAUCAGAAAGACAAGGAAGAGGAAAAAGAAAAGUCAAAUACUCAAAGAAACAGUGAUGAAAAUCAUGAAAGUUUGUCAAACAAAAAAUCAGAUCCUCAAGAAGAAUGUGAGAAUCUAAUAAAAGAAAAUAUGGAAGACAGUAAAGACAAUGGUAAGAGUCAUCAUAAUCAAGAAGUUGAAGCCAAGGAGCCACCAGAAAAGAAACAAUGCCUAGAAACAGAUGUAUCAAAAGGUGGAAAUGUUGUCCAUAAUAAAAUGGAGAAGUCUAUUGAUAAGUUAAUUGAAGCCGAACUCAGAGAGUUGGGAGACAGGAGCAAGAGGCGUUUUAACAAGCUUGAUUCGGGCUGCAAUGGUGUUGUCUUUGUUCAAAUGCGCAAGAGAGAUGGCGACCCCAGCACCAAAGAUAUUGUACAACACAUGAUGACGUCACUUGCCUCAACUAAGAAGCAUAUGUCAAGGUUCAUGUUAAGAGUGCUACCAAUUGAAGUGUCAUGUUAUGCUUCAGAAGAGGAAAUUACUACAGCAAUCAAACCCCUCAUUGCACAAAACUUUCCUGUGGAAACUCAGACCCCGCAAAAGUUUGCAGUGUUAUACGAAGCCCGCGCUAAUACUGGUAUUGAUAGAAUGAAAAUCAUCAAUGCAGUUGCAAAAUCUGUCCCUGGACCCCACAAAGUUGAUUUAAAUAAUCCAGAUAAGAACAUAGUGGUUCAAAUUGUCAAGACUGUUUGCUUGAUUGGGGUUGUGGAGAAAUACAAAGAAUUGGCCAAGUACAAUCUGAGGCAGCUCACAUCACCCAAACCAUAGCCAAGCACCACAUUUCUAUGUCGGGUUCGGAUAUCUGAAGAUCCAUCUGCCGUGUAAUUUUUAUGUUAUAUACUACUAGUUUAUAAAUUCCAUUAGAAAGCAUGAUCUUGGAUUUAAGAAAUGAAGUUUUGCGAGAUUAUAUUUCACUGGAACUCUGAAAGUAAUUUUAGUUAUUGCUAAUUUUGGUUCCUGUUACCUCUCUUCAAAGUUAAAACUGUUGAGACUAAUUACCAAAAUACUAUGGUUUUUAAAAAUGAAAUAUCAUCAUCACAUAGUGGAUUAUUAUUG